CACCUGAUUCGAGACCAAUCGCUCCAGCCUCACUAUGUUGCUCAACACUGCCUUUUUGUUGCCGCAAUUCGGCUGUUAGAUAGCUAGAUACACUGCAUGAGGCGUCGCCGAACAUAAGCAUGUGCGAAACAGUGAGUCAUUGGCUACAAUUGCAACUGAAGAUGCACCACCGGCCAUCUCCAAUGCAAUCAUACAAAUGCAACGUGUUUCCCAAUUCUUGAUGAAGUCUCUCCAGCCAACUAACAGGGACAACCUUGUCGAUAUCCAGAAGCAUGGCCACAAAAUUCGUUGAAAAUCCUCCUUUCGAAUCUCGAACGUAUCAUAUCAACCGUUUGCGAGCCAUCGCGGAAAAUCACUUGCGUCAAAUCGCCGAGGAAAAGCUCCAGGAAGAGUUUGAUGAUUCAAGACGAAAUGAAGAAUUAGAACGUUACGCGAAACAACGUCGGCGGGACAAAAUGCGCGCCGCAGUACCAGCAGUUUCAGCAUCAACAUCUAGAAUGAGAUCCGCUCAAGAUGUCCUUGAUCGUCUCAGAUGGGAUGACGAUCUCGACCUGUCAAAGUACACAAUUGGCUAUCUGGAACGCUUUAAUGGCAUACAAGAAAUGUCUGCGGCCAGCUGGAUUUCAGAACCUACCGAAGAUGAAUGGAUACCUCAACAUCGAAUCCGAUAUUUCAAACGGUUUGACGAUAGUGGAAAGCAAGAAGUCGUCUGGGACAGAGACAACCGAAUCGAUAGAAUGUUUGGUAGCAGCACCAACAAAGAGGCCAACAAUGACGUCUCUUCGAAGGAUCGCGGCGAACAGCUGACUCAAUGAGCCCAGUGUUAGGCAAUGAUGUGAGAGGUUUGGGUGUCAAGCUGAUGCUCUAUCUACUCCUGUUUGUAAAUGAGGUCGAAACGAAUUGUUUGCUUGACCCAUGCUUGGAACGAGGUCGAGCCUAAGGAUCCGGAUUCGGCGGAGCCAUGAGGAGAUUUGUCAAAUUUGUUGCCUAGUAUUACUUUGCAACCUCCCGACAACGGCUCGAAGCAAUUGGAAUCUUAACAGUAUGCGGGGAAGCGAAGCAAACCGACGGUUGUACACACAAGCACCAAUGCCGGGCGACUCGUACAAAUAUUUUGCAACCCCUGAACGCGAUGGGCUUGACCCUUGGGGGAUGGAACACCCAGAAUGAUAACGAUUUUCGGAGUCGCAUUGCUUGCAGCAGACUUCUGUUUCGCAGGUCCUUGCAUCUCAAGAUCAACCCUCGACGACACUUGCGGUGUAUGUUUGUCCAGGGCGAUUUAUCCGAUAUGACACUGACGCUCUGGAGUUGUUCUAUUGUCUAGAGACAGGCUUCCGAGAGCCUUGCAGACAUGACGUUCUGCCGUCAAAUAUGUGUAUUGCAUUCACGGGCAAAUGGGUAAGUGUACUUUAUGGAAGCUGUGCAUACCAACAGGUUCUUUUUAUAAAGCUGUGAUGGGAUGGAGGUAACAUGCCGCGUUGCUAGAAUCAAACUCUUGGUUCGAUAGGUCCCGACAAUGGGACGUACUGUAUCUUCUUCAGUGACGACAAAUGCAAACGGCCAGUGUGGAACGUCAAGAAUGGCAAACAGAUAGAACUUUCCUACCCUGGUAAACCAGAUAUGUGUGAGCUCGGAUUGGGUGAUUCUUUUGGCAGCUACGUUUGCCAGAACUCGCCAGGCUUGAGUCGUCACAAAUGAAAAAAAGGAUGGCCUAUGCCUCCAUGUAUAGACCACCAAUCUAGACUCUGAGAUGACGCGACCAAGGAAUAGUCAUGUCCGAUGAUAGAUCAAUCAGAACACGAAGUUUGCAGUACCGAGUAUGAAUGAACGAGUUGUCGAGAUACUUGUCGCGCCUUUAUUGAAGCAAAACCAGAUCAGG